GUCGGGCUGUUUACUGCCGCGGUUCGUUUCCCCGCUUCUUGGCUUCAUAACAUGACGUAGAAAGCCGUUAGCUCGAGCGUUAGCUCAAUGUUAGCCACAGUCACCACAGCAACAGCGUCCCCGCGGGGUUCCGUCGUCCCGCGCCUGUUAGCGGUUGGACGGCAAAUGAAAUGUUCAUUUCAGACAACAACGACUGAGUUGUAUGUUGCUGGUGUGUUUCUUUGAAUGAGCUCGGCCGUGAGCUCUGCAGAAGGUUCCUGCUCCCGGUGGAAAGAAGCGCAGGACCGGCUCUACAAAUGACAUCUCUGAUCUGCACUUUACAAGACCAUCGAGAUGACGUCAACUGGUGCGCCUUCUCCGGCAAACUCUUCGCCACGUGCUCCGGCGACAAAACCCUCCGGAUUUACAGCAGCCGCGACUUCUCGGAGCUGCCCUUCUCCCCGCUGUCAGGACACGGAUACGGCGUCCACUGCUGUUGCUUCAGCACCUGCGGACAGUUCUUGGCCUCAUGCUCGACCGAUGCGACCACAAUGGUUUGGUCCACCGCCACGGGCGAGAUCGAGGCCGUGCUGGAGCAUCCUGGCCGUAGUCCGGUGAGGAUCUGUGCGCUCUCCCCCGACUCGGCACACCUGGUAUCCGGAGCAUCGGAUGGCACGUUGGCCCUUUGGGAUUUCCCCUCCAAAAAGCUGCGCAGGACCGGAGCCGUGAAUGACACCACAAUGGUAGCCUGCUCCUUCAGCCCCUGCAGUCAGGUGUUCGUGAGCGGCUCCACCUACGGAGACAUGCGUCUGUGGGACCUGGACAUGAACCAGCUGCACGCCGAGAAAAACGCCCACGACCUGGGGGUCACAUGCUGCACCUUCGCUCCCAGCAUCCUCAGUGGUAGUCAAGUCGUGCAGUUCCGCCUGGCGUCCUGUGGACAAGACAGUCUCCUGAAGAUCUGGGCCGUUGACAAGUUUGUCUCUGGAGGCUAUAAGAUGCAGCUCCUGCACACGCUGACUGGCCAGGCGGCCCCGGUCCUCUCCUGUGCUUACUCCUCAGACGGGCAGCUGCUUGUGUCCGGUUCUGUGGACAAAACUGUCACAGUCUAUGAUGCUGUGAAUGCAGUUUUGCUUUACACGUUGAACCAACACAAGAGGUAUGUGACGGCCUGCUGCUUCUCUCCAACUUCACCACUUAUCGCUACAGGAUCGAUGGAUAAGACCGUAAACAUCUGGAGGCUGGAGGAUGGGUGCACUGACCAUGUCGCCUGCUCCUUUGUGUGUGUUCCAGAAAGUUCUGAUUGGACAUCAAGUGAAGAGAGGACCCCGGCGAGUCGGUCCAAGCUGCUGGUCAGCGAUUGGUCGGAGGGGGAUGUGUCUGCGUGGCUGGUGGAGGAAGGCCUUCAGGGAUUGGUGGACAAAUUCAGGGCCAACAACAUCGACGGGACAGAGCUGCUCAGCCUCACCAAGGAGACGCUGACGUCAGAGCUGCACAUAGAGUCUGUAGGCCUCCGCGGUAAACUCCUGAGGAAGGUGGAGGAGCUGAAGAGCGAUUCGGUGUGUUCGGGGAUUCCUGAUGAGUUCUUGUGUCCAAUCACCAGAGAGCUGAUGAGGGAACCAGUCAUUGCUGCCGAUGGAUACUCGUAUGAGAGAGAGGCCAUCGAUAGCUGGAUCGGCACGAAGAACCGCUCCAGCCCCAUGACCAACCUCCCCUUAAUGACGACUCUGCUCACCCCUAAUCACACCCUGAAGAUGGCUAUUGGCCGAUGGAAAACCAAUCACUAGCAUCUGAAAGGCUCACAGUGACCCAAAGAUUUCCCUGUAGUAGACAGAGGUCCCAUCAUUUCAGGUAUGGGUCCAAAUUAUUUAGUUGUAAAUGAGGCCUCUGCCCACUGUGGUCGUUUCUGUGUUUUGCGUUAAUUUGGAAAAAUGUUGUCUUAAACCACUGGAGAGUAUCUACUUUCAGUUUAUUGAGUUUAUUGACUGUAACAUUUCGUUAAGUAGAUACAGGCCGAUACCAUGGGAGCAACCCUUUGGCCAGAUCAAGAAUGCAACUUUAAAGCAGCUAUAAUCAAAAUGAUUAUAAUAACAAAGCUUUGACCAAGUUUUAAUGUGGUUUUGGCUUUGUGGUCUAUAGAUCUACUGGUAAGAGCCAGAUAUUUCCCCCAGGAGAUGGUGGAGACCAAAAUCAGAGAUAAAAGAGAGUAAAUGUUAGCUUCAUCAGGUGGCUUCAUGCUCUGCUGGAUGUGUUGAUAAGUAAAGCCGUCCCAGUGGCCUGGACAUCAGCUAUUAUGGCAAGUUCCGUUUAAAAACCACAUGAUACUAAAAUGUAAACAACACUGUAGGCUCCAGGUUUCUGAAAAUAAAUCAAUCUUUUGAUUAGCUUUACCGUAAAAACAGUUUAUUUUAAAAGCUUGUUGGAUAUAAAGAUACUUUAAAGCUUUAACAGCUUUAAAAUGAAGAAAAUGUGAUUGGGAAGCCUUAAUUGUAUUUUAUAUGAAUUGAUAGCGUUCUGAUCUAAUUACCAGAAAACAAUAAUUGGAUCAGGAAUGGCGAUUAAACAUGAGUUAAUGUUGGUUACCUUACUGAAAACCACUAUUUGCACUAAUUGCAAGGUAAUCUUUAAACAUAUGGCUGCUUAGAUUGUUGCAGGAUCUCGCUUGUUACAACACCGUUGGAAAGGUGCUUCAUGUUUAGUUCUCUGUGCAAGAACUAUACAUUAUGAUUCAGCAUUUAAUGAAAUAAAUGUCAUUAAUGAAGAUAUUUCUGCAACACUGAGAAUUUGCAACGUCAAUUUCAUACAAGCACUUUUUGUUGAUGGUGGUAUGUUUAGAUAAAUUAGGUUGUACCUUUUAUCCAUGCAUACACAACUGAAUCUUACAAAACAUUUUAUGGAUUAUACUGUGAAAGAAGUAGAUGUGGAAAUGUAAUACUCCAUUGACAUUUUAUUUUACCACAAUGAUGAUGUGGUAACAUUUUGUAAUCAUAGAUGAUCUGAGACGAGUAUAUGAAAGCUGUGGACAUAAAGCUGUGUACAAAGUCUCGAUUUUCCAUCCUCGACUGUUGCUCGCGUAAAUGCUCUCUCCCUCUCUCUCUGUAUCCAAAUAAACCAAUAAACACUAUAUGAAUA